ACCGGAUUUGGGGUACAAUUACCACUCCCCGCAAGCUCUCGGCACCUACUUUCCCACCGUAAUUGACUUCCCCGAAACCCUCCAUCGCGAGCAGAGAAGGCGAAGCUGCCAAGUCCAGUUUAUCCCCGGCAGCCAUACCUUACCGACGCGCACAUAAUAACGUAUGGUCCGGGGAAUGACAGAUGGAGAUGUGCAGCCCACCAAACUUCCGAGCGGCAAGCUCGGCACCAGUCUAGCCCGGCCUUCGUUGCAGCGGAUGGCAGGAGUGGCACGUUUGAGACAGCAACAAAGACAGCAAUUGGAGCAGCAAUCGCUGUAUGAUGCAUACGAAAAGCUGCGGCAGGAGGACCGUCACAGGCCGAAGCAGCACUCACCACCACCUCAGUCAUUCUCAGCACAUGCAUACCUCCGCCAGCGGACAAGGUCCGGGCCGGCCUCACCAAUGAAUAAUGAGGAUCAUCGACUGACACUCGGCGAAAUAUCGCCAGAUCUUGGCUUCGAUGACGUUCUCACGAAUCUGGACCUCGUGCGGUUCGAGUCGCUACGUGGUGGGGUUGACCCAGCUGCGGCUGGGAAGGAGUUUGCGGAACGGGUGUUUGAAGGGCUAGAAUGGGACUCUUCGGUGCGAUAUCAGGACAACGAGUCCUUGCCGCGGUCAACUAGAUCUCCUAGCUCAAAGUUUUCUGGAGAUACUCUGGUGCAUGCGUCGAAACACAGCACGCUAGAGAAAGUUUUAGAACCUCGAAAGAGGACGACUUCAUCUGGCACCCUGCAAUCAUCAGCCACUCUGCAAUCGAACGAUUCAAAAAAGAGCGGCCUGCUGACAAAGAUGUCCUCUUUUUGGAAAGGCAACUUGGCGAGAGUGGAAACAAAAGUCGACAGCAUGCAGCAUAAGCUGAAGAAGCAGCGGUCCUUUAGCGGAGUCACGUUGGGAUCACCCACGCCACCAACAUCGCCAAAGUUCUACGCAGUAUCGUCGGAGGCGGAUCCAGACAUCAAGUACGGAGUUGCCAAAUCUGCAUUGACGGUAAAUACCGGCAAUCUGGUGAUGUCGACGGACAGUUUCCACAGCGUCCAUGCGGAGAAGUGUUCGACAUUGAACUCGGUCUCGACGAGCUCCCACCAACUGUAUCCAUCCGAUCACUUUCUCCCACACAACGUCUCCGCCACGGAGAGCCAACGCACGCUGUGCACGCUCGAGUCCAGUUCCGAUUCGGCGCCGCCAUCCCCGGCGUUAUCAAAGCGUACGAAGGUCAAAGAAUGGUUGGCAUCCUCAUCCCAUAGCCACCUCACACCACCGACAUCCCCACCGCCCCCACGGCCGGAUCGGCGGAAAUCAUCCGACGCAUCCCGGUAUAUACCCCCCUCCCUCUCCCAACGCUCCAUCCGCUCCGUCAAAUCCAACAUUUCCCUCAAAUCCGCCCGUUUCCGCUCUCAACCGCGGGAGCCAAUACCACAGCGCAAAUCGCUCGAUGCCGCAUCCCGAAAGUCGUCGGAUAGAUUCUUUGAGUUCGUGGAAGAGCUGUACUGCCGCGCGGAUACGUUUGGGUUCGUCAUCUUCAAAGGGCGGAAGAGUCGGAAUGAUAAGAUACAGGAGGCGGCGAUGAUCGCCAAGGAUUUUGAGAGGUGCAAAAAGUGGCGAUUGAUGGCACAGGAGAUUCCUGUGCAUCCGGCGGUCAUGGAGGCUGAACGGGCGCUCGGCGGAGGGCUGCAGAAGAUUGUGUCGGUGAAUGGAAGCAACGUGCCGUCCAAAAUGGGGUUGUCGCCGAUUUUUAAUUUCGCAAAGGGACAACAGUUCUUGACCCGGUUAUUCAAAGGCGUGCCACAAGUAUGGCGCGGACAUGUGUGGUACAAUCUGAUCACAUCAUAUAGCGGGCUUUACAGCCGCAUGACGCCAGGCCAGGUUGGACUGGCGGAGGCAGAUUUCAUUGAGAAGUACCAUUACUCCGAUCAGCCAUCAGGCCACGACGAAAGCAUCAUGUUGGCGAUUCCAAAAACCUUUGCAAAUCAUAUCUGGUUCAUGCAAAGACAAGGGCCAGGUCAACAAGCACUCGCCCACCUCCUCAACGCCUACGCCAUCUACGACCCCGACCUCGGCUACGUCCCCGGCAUGAACUCCAUCGCCGCCAUGCUCCUCACCGUUAUGGAAUCCGAACGCGCAUUCAUCGCCCUCAUCCACCUCUUCCACGCCCCGAUGCUCUCCCGCCCCUACUACAACAUCCGCACCCUCUUCACACCCACCGGCAUCCGCGACCACGCUAUACCCGCCCACGAUGCCAUGAUGGCGCUGCAUGUGCCCCGACUCGUCACCCAUUUCGAACGGAUGGGGAUAAGCUCGAAGAUGUAUGCGGACUUGUGGUACCGCACCCUGUUCUUGGGGCUGUGUAGUAUGGUUGCCCCUGAGAGAAGACAGAGACGGUUAUCUGAGCAGCUGCGGAGAGGCUAUGUCUCUUCAUCGGAUGAGGAUGAGGAGGACGAGGACGAGGAUGACGAGGAUGUCGGGCGCGCGAGGAGCAGCGGCGCGUCUGAUCGUUUCCCACCUGAUGCCCGAGGAGAUGAUGGCAAACGGUGGGAAGGCGUGUUGGAUUUCGCGACGGUGGUGAAAUGCUGGGAUUUCAUUGCCGCGAUGGGGUGGGAGAGCCUGCCUGUUGUGGCUGUUAGCGUGCUGAAGUGGUAUGAAGCAUCACUUUUGACCCUCGACUCGUCAACACUUCUCACCUUCCUCCUGAACGGAGACAACCCAGACGACCUUCUUGACGGGCCGGACGGCGACGCUCGCCGCCGGGUCGUGGAGGAGAUUACGGUGCACGACCCUGACCGGUUCUUGAGGCUUGUCAGAAGGGUUUGGGGGCACUGAGCGAUUUCAACACCCCCAACGUGGAAAUGGAGAUUGCUCCGUCACGUCUCGCCAUAUACAACGCCCGACUUGCUAUCGGCGCUCACCCCAUCCUACCGCGUCUCUUGGAUGCCCUCGAAUACCUCACAGCGAUGCGCCGAGCGGUUGCGUUGCCGAACCACACACCUUUCCGAACCAUCUUCCCUCAUCCGUCAUCACCAACUGCGUACCGCCCCGCCUGGCUCCCAGCUCGGGCUUAUCAUAUUUUGUCCCCUCUGUACUCCCACAUUUUCCGUGCCAGUCACCAUCUCUCGGCCUCAUAUCCCCCUUUCUUAAUCACCACCCCAUCCCCUUUCUUACGGCGUAU